AUGGCUGCUAAACUUAAUGACUUGUGUCUUCAAGAAAUAUUUGAAUUCGUCAGUAUUGACGAAUAUGAAGAUCAACAAAAUUUAUUUAACUGUGCACUCGUCAAUCGCUACUGGUGUAUGAAUGCAGUCCCGAUUUUAUGGCGAAACCCGUUCCCUUUUUCAUCUUUUUCAUCACACUGCGGUCCAGCAUUUAUUUCGACGCUUGUAAAAUAUUUAGCAUUAAACGAUGAACAAAGAGCACCAUUUUUAUAUUAUCGAUUAAUCAAGCAAAUAGACAUGCAUUUUCUGGCGGAAGCGAUUCAAGACUAUUUGUUUAGUUUGCUAAACACAUUGCCACAAGAUAGUCGAGAUAUUGUGACUUUGUGUACGCUGAAAGUUCUUUGUUAUAAAUUGAUCAAUACUACUGAGAACAUCUUUUUUGAGCUCGAUUAUCGGUUGGGACAUCUACCUUUUGGAGAUUGGAAUAUUUACCAAAUACCGAAUGCCAACGCAUCAUUAAGAAAACUGCGCAAAUUAAGCAUCUCUGGUGCUAAAAACAGCAAAAAAAUUCUUGAAUCCGCAGCUAAAAUCUCGCCUAACCUUUCAAAUCUCGAAAUAAAUUGCUACGAAUAUGAGGAAUUGUGUCAGCUAGUUCCCUAUAUCAAAUUGUUCAACAACUUAAAACGUCUAAAUAUAUACGUAUUUGAUAAUUUAAACGGUGACAAACUUUUGUCUGAACUCGGGAAAAACUUACCGAAAACACUGGAGACUCUUUGCUUUGAGGGAGAUUUCGAAUUUUCAGAGGAAUCGCUAGAAAUGUUUUUGCUUGGAGCAAGAGAAGUAAAAUUUCAGUUAUUGGGUUUUCCGGAAUCCAAAUGCAUUUCAGAUGGACAUUUGGAAACUAUUUGGAAAGUGAUUUACGAUUCAAGCUUGGAUAUCAGUAUUAAAGAACUUGAUGUUUCUUUCGGAGAAUAUGUGACCAGAAAUCAAGCUAGAAAAUUUCAAGACCGAGGAAUUGAAGUUGAAGUUAUGAGUUAUUUGGACGAUGACGAU